UACAAAAAAAACUAUUAUAUACCUUUUUCACGUCUUCGUUAUGAUUUUAAAUUAUUGCUUCGCGGUUCUCGUGACGGAUUCACUCCACAAAUUUUUCAUGAAAAAUGUGAUAACCAAGGUCCAAAUUUAGUGGUACUUAAAAUUCGUGGUGAUAAUCAAGUUAUCGGAGACAUGCGUAGACAAUUUAAUGAAAAAGAUAAUUGUUCUGCUAAAAAACGAUGCUAUAAACAUACUAUUAUUAAUGCUACCAAAUUUGCUGUAGAUGAUUAUGAAGUUUUUCAG